AUAAGCUCGUUGCAGAUCCAGUCACAAUAUCUUUGAGCAACUUGUGGAAGAGAAACUUCAAGAUUAAAGCUCCAGCUACCAGACAGAUAUGAUUUCAAUUGGAGGCCUCGGAGGAUUUUGGAUACUUGCACUGCUGACUCUUCACAGUGCAGAUAUGGGAGAGACCCAGAAAUACUAUUUGGAGGAGCCUGACGUGCCUUUCCCGCCUGCCAAUCCCACUGUUCAGAACCUCGAUGCCAUCUGCAAUCAAAGUCAGGGGCGUCCCAGAUACCCAUCCAGCUUCUUCCCGAGAUCCUCGGUCAGUCACUUCCGCCGCCGUGGAAAUUGCAUCAACCGUAUGGAGUCGUGGUACAGUUCCUGCUGCAGUGGUCAGCAGAGCGACCAGAUCCUCUGCUGCACCCAGCAAGCUUGGAAACAAGCCCUGACCCAGUUCUGUGUGGAAGAGUUUUCCACCAUGACUAAUGCAUAUGUGUGCUGUGUGGACAGUGGAGACGAUCGCUGGGAGUGCUUCGACAGCGAGCUGCCAAACCCAAACUAUGACCCAACACCAGGCUACACUGCACCCACAGUCGCUGAGGAGUUAGGAUUCAUCUUCAAUGCAACUGCUUGCUAAAGAUCUUUGUCACCGAGGAGGACAGGCCAUGCUGGUUGUGUUCAUGCUGAGUAAGGAUAAUAACAGCUGAAGUCAGUUAUUAUUUUUGACAACUCUGUAUUUUAACUAUGCUUUGUCACGAAAACAUGAACAUUUUUUUUUAUUGUUCUCCUUGUAAAUUUUCACAGUUACAACUCAAAUAAAUUGUGUCCUGAAUGGAUUUUACAGUUUCUGAUAUUUACUGUAUUCUUUGUUAGAAAAAUAAAGGAUGAAAUAAACACAUAUAUGUUUU